GCAACAAAGAUCAUAUCAAAGCAUAUAAUUAGAAGAGAAUACAAAAAAAUUACAAAUCUUGAAUUAAUUCUCAUCAUCUUCCAUGAUUUCCUUAGAAGAUGUGUACAAUGUGGUGGCUGCCACAGUUCCAUUAUAUUUCUCCAUGAUCUUAGCUUACAUCUCCAUGAAAUGGUGGAGACUUUUUACACCAAAUCAAUGUGCAGGCAUUAACAUGUUUGUUGCCAAAUUCUCAAUCCCAUUGCUAUCUUUUCAAGUUAUUUCCCACAACAAUCCUUACAAAAUGAACCUCAACCUAAUUUGUGCUGAUUUUCUUCAGAAACUAUUGGCUGUUGUUGUGUUAAUUGGUAUCACUAAAAUCAGCUCUAGAGGGAGAUUGAAUUGGAUUAUCACUGGUGUGUCUCUUUUUACAUUGCCUAAUACUUUGAUUUUGGGUAUACCACUUUUGAAAGCUAUGUAUGGGGUUGAAGCUGAGUCACUUCUUUCACAAAUUGUUGUCUUGCAAAGCCUGGUUUGGUAUAAUUUGUUGUUGUUUUUGUUUGAGUUAAAUGCUACAUAUGCAGCACCAGUCACACCUUCAGAAACUACAGGGGAUCAAGAGGCCCCUCAAGAAGCAGAAUCAAAAGAGGGAGAAGGGGAAACAAAUAUUAGUAGAACAAGAAGAGCUAAAACCAUGGUCAUUCUGUUGACUGUGGGGAAGAAGCUACUUAGAAAUCCCAAUUUUCAUGCAACUCUUUUGGGUCUUAUUUGGGCUAGCAUACACUUCAGAUGGAACGUGAAGCUGCCGGAGAUUGUUGAUAAUUCUAUAAAGAUAUUAUCAACCGGAGGGCUUGGUAUGGCAAUGUUUAGCUUAGGUUUGUUCAUGGCCUCACGCCCCAAUAUAAUAGCAUGUGGAAUUAAAAUGGCAGUGAUAACAAUGUCAAUGAAAUUCAUCACAGGGCCUGCCUUAAUGGCAGUUGCUUCACUUGCUGUUAGAGCUAGAGGCACAGUGUUUAAAGUGGCAAUUGUUCAGGCAGCUUUACCACAAGGAAUUGUUCCAUUUGUCUUUGCUAAAGAAUACAACAUUCAUCCUGACAUAUUGAGCACUGGGGUAAUAUUUGGUAUGCUCAUUGCAUUGCCAAUAGCAUUGGCCUACUAUUCCAUAUUAGCAUUAUGAAACACGAAUGGGUCAAAGAGAUAAAAGUGAACUUUAGAAAUCUGAUACUGUUUGUUUAAUUUUUUUAUCAUUUUUUUCCUAUUUUUAGAAAGUUUGCCAAUCUUCUUUGAUAAUGUUAAUGUAAUAUUUCGUUUUUUCUUUUCCUUUUCUCUCUUAUAAAACAUAAAUGUCCUUAUGAGAAAAAUUAACAACUAA